GCAUUCGUGAAGUGAAGCUGUCAGUAGCAAGUUCUGGUCAGGGGGGACGGUUAGAAGCGUUUGAAAGAAAUCUGUUAGUGUAAUUAACGACAGUCUUUGUCUUAUGACAGGACCUUAAAGAUCACAGUUUUAUAAAAGAAAUUCCGUUUGUGUAUACAGUUACGAAGUAAUCUUUUUGCGCUAUACGACCUACGUUUUUCGUAACAUUUCAUAGCCGAUUUUAACAAUGAUGAAAGGCGAUCAUAUUGAACAUUUCUUGGAAGAUUCUUCUCGUCGUGAUACAAGACUUCACGGUGUAUUCAAUAAAAUUUCUGAUAUUUGGCAACAUCAGAAUUCUGUAUCCAGGCAGAAAAUGUCAACAGAAGUCAUUGAGUCCAUUCUUCCGGAAAGGUUCAACGUCCCAAUUGCCGGCCGUGGGUAUGUUGACUGCGGGCCUGAUGACGGUGAGGAGGAGGACGGGGCAUGUCAGGCCCUUGCCCGGCGACUGGAAGAUGAACUGAGGGCUGCAAAAUCGGCCCAGUUGUCUUGUGGCGAGGUGCUCCUGCCCGCCGACCUGUUGCCUCGUAUAGCCCGAGAUGUGCUUCGGAUGGCCGAGAACGAGCCCUGCGGACUGAGGGGGUGCACGCUGUUCAUCAACUUUGAGAACGACCAUGUAUGCAGGCGGAUAGGGAUGGUGAAGUGUGAUCCCAGCACAGUGUCCACGUUUGAGCUGUUCCUCACACUGAAACAAGACAGCAGUUCCUGGCACUCACUGCUGCCACAGUUUCUCAAGAAUCUAACGAGGGGCGGCACGAUAAUGAUCAGCCCAGGUUUCACGCUCGAGAAGAAGAAGCUGUAUCGGAGCUACCUGGAGUAGAGCCCAUGUCCACCGAGCCAAUCACGAGAGGCAAGACUGACAAUCUCCUCUGCCAUGGUGGAGGAGUUCCAUAACUCAGGGCCAAACUGUUGCUUGGCAUUCUGGGAAUCUUGUUUGGACAAGGUCUUUGGAACUGUAAAGUUAGAAGUUGGCAUAGCAAAGUGACAAGAUAAGCUUACAAGAGGACCUCGAGUCAAGAUUUCAUAAAUGUAUCUCAAAGUAUAUAAUAGGCUGGUUGUCUUCCAUUGUGCUCAUUUCGAUGCAGGAUGUAAGACUGGCACUUUUUAGAGUACCUGCUAUACUUGUACCGGUGUCAUGUGUAUGAGCGUGGUAAUUGUGUUCUGAAUUUUUUUAUUUUUAUUAAAUGUUUUGUGAUUUGUGUGUGAAUGGACUAAAGGGGAUGUUAUGUCCCUUCAUUAGUGUUAUAAAGGGGGUGUAUCUACACCCCAUAUAUUUCUUUGUGAUGGCUGCAUUUUAGUUGUUUGUCUCUUUUUUUAUGAAAACGUAGGAAGAGUAGAAGGAAAAUUUUCUGACUUCACUGUUAGUUUUUCCUCUUCAUUCUUCAGAACAACUGUAACUUUUUCUAGUUGACUGAGCAGCCUGUUUGAUCUGGCUGUUGGUCCGUCUGGCUGUAGCUUCACUAGAUUUCCUCUGACACCAAAGAUGAACAUUUUGGGUGCCAUGAUCUCAUAAUAGAAACUUCAGAUACUGGCAUAUGACAUUUGUAAAUGCAGCUAUACUGAGGCCCCUGAAAGAAGUCCCUUCGAUGGUGGGGGUCAGCUGCAGGGGAUACAGGGAAGCAUAAUAGCUUGAGGGGGGAAUGGAGGAUGCUUAACCAUCAGACCUGUUUCUGUGGCCUCAGUACAAGGCUCGAUAUAAAGAACUAUAUGUGCAUUGUGCUAGUUCAGGAAGCUAUGUCUUGAAGUGUAAGUGCGGGGGAUGUCCAACUUUGUUUUCUUGUUAAUAUUCGUGAUUGGCUAAUCAUGCAAUAUUACAGACAUUGGACAGUUCCCCUCUGCAUGCUAUGUCCACAGAGAACGGCCAAUUCAACAAAUACUCUUCAUUGUGAUAUGUACAUGUGCCCUCUGGAGUGUGAUGCAGGGGCACUGCUAGCAGGAUACAUGCUCUUCUUGGCGGGCCUCCAUUUGAUUUCUCCUCUUGAGCAGUAUUCUUUGUCAUAAAUUUUAUAUAAUAAUAAUAAAUUCAAUAUCUUAUUAGUCUUUCAUGUACAUAUUAUCAGAGUUUAAUGUUGUAAUAGAUUAAUAAAAUUUAUGCUUUUUGUACUCUGUCAAUUGAGUGAAGAAAACAUAAAAAAAAACGAACUGAAAAAAGACUAAAUAAAAGCAGUUGCAGAAAAGA